UUUAUGGAGUUUGUUGCGCGUGUUGUGCAUUUUUCUACAAAAUUUUUUAUUCAAAAAACAAAUACUUUUCAGAUGGAAUACUUUUCACCCAGAUGGUUAGAGAGUCUUCAGGCAUCCAGGAAAUACCUUGAGAAGCUUCUGUUUGACAUCUUCUGAACAAUCUGAGGCUUUUCUCUGCUGCUGGUCGGGAGGCACAAACUGGGACCAGCCUAAGCAGAGAGGCCGCUAAUGUCCCCACUUAAGUGUCCUUUUGAUGUGACAUUAGGGCAGAAAUGGGUCUUGGAAAAGUCCCAUGUGGGCAGUAUGUCUGUGAAGGUUCUCAGUCAUCCAGGUCAUCGUAGUCUAAGGAGCUUGGAAAGAAAAGCGUCUGGACUUCUUUGAGUUGCUUGAAGACGUUUCACCUCUCAUCCGAGAAGCUUCUUCAGUGGGCUCUAUGAAAGCCGCUCUGGCAGCGGACACACAAAAGGGCAGGGCCCCUCCUGUGUGUGCUGACAUUUAACGCUUGAGGGUUUUUCUUGUGUCUGAGCUGAUUAGUGCUAAAAUAAUACAGGAUAAUAAUACAGCUGUGUCAAUGUGUCGUUUUUUCACCUUCGCACUGAUCCCCGGAUCCCCACAAAUUUGAAGACAUUUUUGAGACUCAAAAUGUGGUUUUAGUGAUAGAGUUACAAUUGGGUUAUGGUUACAGUAGGUUUAGAGUCAAUUAGAUGUCCCCACAACAAAUGAAUAUCCGACGUGUGUGUGUGUGUGUGUGUGUGUCAUUGUGGGCGUCUCUGUGAGUAGCGCAGCCUUCUCUCGUCAGGCCACUCCCGGGAAGCGCACUGCUGCUCCGCCUCGCACACGGACGCACGGACGCUGUCCUCGCGCGCCUCGGCUGCUGUGCGCUCUCCUCUGUCCGCGCGCGUCUUCUCCUCUUUCUACUGUCCGGAUCUAGGGGGGCGGGGGUGUCGAGGUGGAUGCAUGUAGCAGAGGAUUCACGGCGCAGAGCGAGCAGCAUGUAGCAGCACCUGGAGCUCCGCGAUCAUCGCCCGCCUCCCUCCUCCUCCGGCUCCUCUGCCCUGCCGGAGCGCUCGUUGCUCCUCUCGGGCUGAAGCAUCGCCUGCACCGGGAUCUUUCCGAGGAUUUUUGUUUUCUGUAGGGGUGGGUGGGGGGUUUGUUUACUGCACGGGAGUGUGAGCGUGUUCCUCCCCGCCGCUCUGCACCUCUCGGUCGAUGGUCGUUGGGGAAGCUUCCAUCUUGAGUCCCGUGUCUACCGAGAGAACCAUGGCGAGCGACUCCCCGGCACGGAGUCUGGACGAGAUAGACCUGUCUGCACUACGGGACCCAGCCGGUAUCUUUGAGCUGGUCGAACUGGUUGGGAAUGGCACCUAUGGGCAGGUCUACAAGGGUCGCCAUGUCAAAACUGGCCAGCUCGCUGCCAUCAAGGUCAUGGAUGUCACAGGCGAUGAGGAGGAGGAGAUUAAAGCCGAGAUCAACAUGCUGAAGAAGUACAGCCACCACAGGAACAUAGCAACCUAUUAUGGAGCCUUCAUCAAGAAAAACCCUCCAGGAGUGGACGACCAGCUCUGGUUGGUGAUGGAGUUCUGCGGGGCCGGCUCGGUGACGGAUCUGAUCAAAAACACCAAAGGGAACUCCCUCAAGGAGGAGUGGAUUGCCUACAUCUGCAGAGAGAUCCUCAGGGGUCUGACCCACCUCCACCAGCACAAGGUCAUCCACAGAGAUAUCAAAGGCCAGAACGUGCUGCUGACGGAGAACGCGGAGGUCAAACUCGUGGAUUUUGGUGUGAGUGCUCAGCUGGACCGUACAGUGGGACGGAGGAACACGUUUAUUGGGACCCCGUACUGGAUGGCCCCGGAGGUCAUCGCCUGUGAUGAGAAUCCUGAUGCCACGUAUGACUUCAAGAGUGAUCUGUGGUCGCUCGGUAUCACAGCCAUAGAGAUGGCAGAGGGAGCGCCACCUCUGUGUGACAUGCAUCCAAUGAGGGCGCUCUUCCUCAUCCCCAGAAAUCCUGCCCCGAGACUCAAAUCAAAGAAGUGGUCGAAGAAGUUCCAGUCGUUCAUAGAGAGCUGCCUGGUGAAGAGUCACAGCCAGAGGCCGAGCACCGAGCAGCUUCUCAAGCACCCCUUCAUCAGAGACCUCCCCAACGAGCGGCAGGUCCGCAUCCAGCUGAAGGACCACAUCGACCGCACCAAGAAGAGGAGGGGCGAGCGAGAUGAGACGGAGUACGAGUACAGUGGGAGUGAGGAAGAGGAUGAAGAGAGGGACAUAGGAGAGCCCAGCUCCAUCAUCAAUAUUCCCGGUGAGUCCACGCUGAGGCGAGACUUCCUGCGUCUGCAGCUGGCCAAUAAGGAGCGGUCGGAGCUGAUCCGGCGUCAGCAGCUGGAGCAGCAGCAGAACGAGGAGCACAAGCGCCAGCUACUGGCCGAGAGACAAAAACGUAUAGAAGAGCAGAAAGAGCAGCGGCGACGGCUAGAGGAGCAACAGCGUCGCGAGCGAGAACUGAGGAAGCAGCAGGAGCGAGAGCAGAGGAGGAGGUAUGAAGAGAUGGAGCAGCUCCGCCGCGAGGAGGAGAGGAGGCACGCAGAGAGAGAGCAGGAGUAUAUCCGUAGACAGCUGGAGGAGGAGCAGAGGCAGCUGGAGAUCCUGCAGCAGCAGCUCCUGCAGGAGCAGGCCCUACUGCUGGAGUACAAGAGGAAGCAGAUCGAGGAGCAGCGGCAGGCCGAGCGGCUGCAGAGGCAGCUGCAGCAGGAGCGGGCGUACCUGGUGUCGCUGCAGCAGCAGCAGCAGGAGCCGCCGCGACCGCCGCAGGACAAGAAGCAGCUGUACCACUACAAGGAUCAGGCGCCCAGCAGCAACGACAAGCCCACCUGGGCCAAAGAGGUGAUGCGUCGAGCUCAGAGCAACUCCCCUCGCAUUGCCCCAAAGAACUAUCACUCCUUCAAGGAAAAGCAAGACAUCAACUUUGAAGAGCUCCUCAAGCUCCCUGGGUACAAACCUCGGUCCCGCCCCCCCUCCUACCCUGUCCACGUCAGCCCCACCAGACAUCACAUUCACACACCUCGAAUCCGCAUCACCUGCGUCCCUGAGCCCGCCUACUCUGAGCCUGCGGCGUCCCGGAGGAGCCUCGACAGGAGUCCCGACAGGAACGCUGACUCCCGGGGCCGCAGCCCCAGCCGCUUGCAUAAAGUCUCCAACCGGAUCUCAGACCCAACCCUGCCACCACGCUCCGAGUCCUUCAGCAGCGGGGGCAUCCAGCAGGCCCGGACUCCGCCCAUGCACCGCUCCAUGGAGCCACAGAUGGCCCACCUGGUGCAGGUGAAGAGUCAUGGCUUGUCAGGCUCCCAGUCCCUGUACGACCCCCACGGCGUGUCCUCCUCCUCGGCGUUGCCCUCCCCCUCCCGGCCUCCCAUGCGGCAGAACUCUGACCCCACCUCUGACACCCCUCCUCCCCCGCCCCUGUCCCGCCUGGCGCCCCUCGACAAGCUGGACCGCAGCUCCUGGCUGCGGCAGGACGACGACAUGCCCCCUAAGGUUCCUCAGAGGACGACCUCCAUCUCUCCGGCUUUGGUCAGGAAGAACUCUCCUGGAAACGGGCCAGGCCUCGGCCCGCGGCCCGGCGCUCACCUCAUACGGGCCAGCAACCCUGACCUGCGGAGGCCUGACAUGUACUUGGACACUCCCCUGAAGAGAACGAGCAGCGGCAGCUCCUCCAGCUCCAGCACCCCCAGCUCCCAGGGAGGCUCCAAUGAGCGAGGUAAUUCAGCCUCUAAGACUGAAGGCCACGACGCCAAAGACGACAGCAGAGAGAUAACCCGACCCAGCAGGCCUGCAAGCUAUAAGAAAGCUGUAGACGAGGAUCUGACGGCUCUGGCCAAAGAGCUGAGAGAGCUGCGGCAGGGCGAGGAAACCAGCCGCCCGCCGGUCAAAGUGACUGACUACUCGUCGUCCAGUGAGGAGUCCCACAGCAGCGAGGAUGAAGAGGGAGAGGGCGGGGCUAACGAUGGAUCCGUGGCUGUCAGUGAUAUUCCACGCAUCAUGCCCGCUGCGAGUCAGAGCACCAACGAGUCCUUCAGCGCGACGGGAGAGCACAACGACACCAACGAGGACACGUAUGCAAACAGCUCCCAGGACAGCACCCUGGUGAUGCGUGAGUUUGGCAUGGGAGGCAGCGGAGGCUCCAAGGCCUCCUUCACGCCAUUUGUUGAUCCGAGGGUGUACGGGACCUCCCCGACCGAUGAAGAUGAUAAAACCUCAGCCUCAGCGCUGUUUGCUGAUGAGUUGCUGAAGCAGGAGCAAGAGCAGGCGAGGCUCAACGAGGCCCGCAAGAUCUCCGUGGUCAACGUCAACCCCACUAACAUCAGGCCACACAGCGACACGCCCGAGAUCCGUAAAUACAAGAAACGCUUCAACUCUGAGAUCCUCUGUGCGGCUCUCUGGGGAGUGAACCUGCUGGUGGGGACGGAGAACGGCCUGAUGCUGCUGGAUCGAAGUGGUCAAGGCAAAGUUUACAACCUGAUCAAUCGAAGGCGCUUCCAACAGAUGGACGUCCUGGAGGGACUCAACGUCCUGGUCACCAUCUCAGGGAAGAAGAACAAGCUGCGGGUUUACUACCUGUCCUGGCUGAGGAACAGGAUAUUACACAAUGACCCUGAAGUGGAGAAGAAACAGGGUUGGAUUACAGUCGGGGACCUGGAGGGCUGCGUGCAUUACAAAGUCGUGAAGUACGAGAGGAUUAAAUUCUUGGUGAUUGCUCUAAAGAACUCAGUCGAGAUCUAUGCCUGGGCACCUAAACCUUACCACAAGUUUAUGGCUUUCAAGUCUUUCACUGACCUGCAGCAUCGCCCCCAGCUGGUGGACUUGACUGUAGAGGAAGGGCAGAGGUUAAAGGUCAUCUAUGGCUCUAGUGUUGGCUUCCAUGUAAUUGAUGUGGAUUCUGGAAAUCCCUACGACAUCUACAUCCCCUCACAUAUUCAGGGUCAGGUGACCCCGCACGCCAUCGUGGUUCUGCCCAAGACGGACGGCAUGGAGAUGCUGCUGUGCUACGAGGACGAGGGCGUCUACGUCAACACCUACGGACGCAUCACCAAAGAUGUGGUGCUGCAGUGGGGCGAGAUGCCCACCUCCGUCGCCUACAUCCACUCCAACCAGAUCAUGGGCUGGGGAGAGAAGGCCAUUGAGAUCCGGUCCGUGGAGACGGGACACCUCGACGGAGUUUUCAUGCACAAGCGAGCUCAGCGACUGAAGUUCCUGACGGAGAGGAACGACAAAGUCUUCUUCGCCUCGGUGCGUUCUGGAGGCAGCAGUCAAGUCUUCUUCAUGACCCUCAACAGAAGCUCCAUGAUGAACUGGUAACCCUUCCACCUCUUGGACCCGCAACCCUCGUCUUCUUCACCCUGAACAUUGGCCGCUGAGGGAUGGAGGGAUGACAGGAGGACGGCGUAUGUGUGUGUAAAUGUGUGUGCGUGCGUGUGUUAGUGGAUAAUCUGCUGCUGAACGGACAAUUGAGCAUCAGGAGAAAACUGCAGGAGUGUGCCCACCCCACACACACCCCUCCAGCUGCAGGGGGCACUACAGGGCCCCCGCGGAUGGUGUCACUGCCUGCUGAGCAAAGGUGACUCCUCGUGCUGUCGGCGGACAACGCCUCCUCCUCCCCUGCAGGCCGACGGCUGAUGUGGACUUGCCGAGUAGCCUUCGACCUCCCCGUUCGAUUGAGUGGGGAGCUGCACAGAGGUUCCAAGUGUAGCACAUCAGUGACUUUACAUUACAGCGGUGUUCACACUGCGAGCGCAGCGGCAGGUGGUUUGGCGUGCUACAGUGAAAGCUGGUACUGCUUCUUAUACUGUGAUUAAAUUAGGUUAGAAGCGUGAAUGUCCACACUAAGCCUGCUGAAUCUGAGAGUUUUGUGGAUUUGAGCGCCACCAAAUAAUCGUUGACAAUCGUGAGAAUUUUUUGUCACCUGCACGUGACGUGGUUUCCGCCUGCCUUUAAGCUUCUGCCGAGACAAACUAGUCCCUCGAAAAUACUCAACUUCCUUUGACUCGAUGCACAUUUGACGCAGUAAGAAGUGGGAGGGUUUGUGCACAGAUGGCAUUUAUUUAAGGUAGUGUUAAAAGAAUAGAGAUUAUGAGAAGGACAUAUUUAUAGCCAAAAGCAAAUCAUUGAACAUUUUUGCAGAAUUUUUCAAAUAAAAAGUUUCAGGCUUUAGAAGAACUUAAAAAAUCCUCAGAGAUAAAAUCCUCAUAGAUCAAAUAGACGCUCACACUGAGCUUUUUAGUAAUAAUUUUUAUUUUUUUACUAAUCCAUACCCAUUCAGUACACGUUCUAUGAACCGAGGAGAGCAAAGUCUGAGUCGAGCCUGAGGUUGCCCUAACGCUGUCCCCCUUGGAUGCAUGUUAUUUCUGUUAUCUGAGCAGCUUCUGUCAUAUUUCAGGCCUGAUUCGAGAACAAAACCCCUGGGUGUGCAUCACUGUGGCCUCUGCCUAUGCAGCUUACUAGAGCUACCCUUGGAAAAACCCAGAACCUUUUCAAUGGUGAUCAAACCACAUGUUUAUUGAUAUUAUUGAGGUGUCAGAACUCGUCGUUAAGGAUACAGGGGAGGACGUCAGAUGUCAUCUUUAUGGAGGAAAGACUCAAACAUGAAGGCUCUCCUCACAGUGGCCAAUAGAUGUUAUGAAUUGAACACUGGAAUCUAUCACUGUCUGAGAUAUCCAAAGCUGCAAAGCCAACGCUAUGUAUUAUAUGGGAACUGGAAGAAGCUGAAUCGGUGCUUCCAAAAACCAACAAAUGUGUGUGUUGAAAUUUUAAAACACCCAGGCUUAGUGUGGAUAAGCUGCUUGUUGUCGCGGCGAUAACGAUGGCAGUUUGAUGGCAGUUAGAUGUUUUGUCUCAGACCGAUGUAGCUCCUUGUUCCAGCAGGAAACCACGAGGCCGUGCAGACGGCGUUUCUCGCAGUGUGAACACUGGUGCUGCUGCUGUUCUUCCCCGUUGGAGGCUAAAAUAGUUCAGACGAGCAGCGAGUGUUUCGGAGCUGCUGCACAGCCAGCUGCUUUGUCCCGGUUUGUUCCCGGCAGGGGGAGGGAGGUUGUAGAUAUUGUACCAUUGCUGCAACAGCAACACAAUAACAAAAAUAUUCCCGUCAUUUUGUCACAGGAAAAACUCAGCUGUAGAGUAGGCGCCACCUUCUGGAAGUUUUUACUCUUGUCUGCCCACGCUGCUCUGUGUGCACUUGUGUAAAUACUCACUUUGAUGUUAAGGACAGACAAAGAAAAUGAUGACAGUCUAGCUUUUUAUCCUUUCUUUUCCUUUUUUGGCUCAUCCCUUUGUAAAUCUGUCUACGCUUUAGGGGGACUCUACUCAAAAGUUUAGUUUGGAUUUUUCUCUCCAUAGUUCAUCUGCCUUUAUUUAGUUUUUGCAUGAUGGCAUUCAUGUUUUUUACCCGUCGUUACUUGUUAUGAGUUGUAAAUUUGAGGCAAUACGCGGUGGGGCGGGGGACGUCUGACUGUGUACCCUAAAUCUCUGAGCUGGAAACAACAGCCGGGCUUUUAUCUACUGAACUGCACACUGGAAGAUCACACGUUUACCAUGAAAGUUUUUAUGUUCACGAUCAUUUCCACAGUGCAGCUGGUAAAGAGCGAGCAGGAGCGUCUUUUUUAAGGCGGGAGUUGAGCCUUUGCUGACUGUACGCGCUUGUGUUUGUAGAAGGAAGCUGCUCCAUCCUUUACUUGAUCUUCUUUUGCUGUUUUUAAAAGAGAUGGCGAAGGGGGCGAACAACGGCGCGUUAAGGCCAGCUGAAGCCUUUUACAUGUGCAGGAUGUUAGCAGCACCCUGUGAAUAAAGGUCAGGAGGCAGGGUCAGCUUGAGAAACCAUAGAUUAAAAAAAGAGAUAUAUACUGUAAGAAUUUUCGUUAUGAUGAUGAUAUCCUACUGAUCAUUUUAGAGAAAGACAAAAAAAUAAUGUUCACUUAUUAAAGCAUAGUUGUCUUUCUACAGAAUAGAGAACAUAGCUAUAAGAAUUUCUAAAAAAAAAUCAAACAGUACGAUGUUUUUAUUGUGGUAUUAUUUGUAUUUGUAUUUCAAUUUUUGUACGUAUCAAGACUGUGAACAUAUGUACGAUUGUUAGCCUCUGAGUGUGCGUGAGUGCGUGUGUGCGCGUGCAUGGAGGUGAGCAGGUGUGUGCACAGGUGUGUGACAUGCAUGUGAGUUUUCACCCCGUCUGAAUCACUGGACUCAAUCAAAAGACAACCUCGACCUGGUAACACGCAUCUGUGGUGUUGGGAAUUCUACAAUAAAUGUCCUCUCCUUGUACAGCAA